AGCGUGCAGCUUGGUGAUCUGCGGUGCGCUGUGUCCCUCUGACACAGUGGAUCACCGAUCUACAGAAAGAGACGAAGAUGUCGGCUUGGUCAUGUGAUCAGCUGUGUCCAAUCACAGCUGAUCACAUGGGACAUGUACAAUGAUCAUCUGGGCACUGAUGAUCAGUGUGCCCUGAUGAUCAGUGUGGCCCCAGAAGUGCCACCUGUCAGUGUCCAUCAGUGCCAGCUGUCAGUGCUGAACAGUGCCACAUGCCAGUACCCAUCAGUGCCACAUCAAGGCCACAUAUCAGUGCCUACCAGUGCACAUCAAUGCCACAUAUCAGUGCCUAUCUGAGCUGCCUUUCAUUGUUACCCAUCAGUGCCAGUCAGUGCCACCUAUCAAUGCCAGUCAGUGCCACCUAUCAGUGCUAGUCAGUG